AUGCGCAGUAACUAUUUUCCUCAGUCCCAUGCAAUGCAUGAAGUGCUGUCGAUUUUUCAAAGUGAACGCCUAAAAGAUGGUAUCACCCCGUGUCCUGUAUUUAUAAACGGUACUUCCGUGAAAAUUGCUAGUGAUGUCCAAACACAAGCAAUAAGCUUUGUUUGUUACAUGUUGAACACUUUCGUAUUACAACAUUUGUUUGAGUUUUUGCAUGAUUAG